ACAAAAAAAUAAAUAAAACGGAAUAACUCUCCAAUUACCGUUCCAAAGUGUUCCUUCCGGCAAUCGGGUAUGAACCGUGACGCUGUACAGUGCAAUCGCUACAAGGCACACAAUCACCAUGAAGCAGGUUUUUAUUGGACAAAUCGUUCACUGCACAUCGCUGGAUGAGCUGGAGAUAUUUGAGGAUGGAUUCGUAGCUGUUAACGACGGCAAGGUAAACCGACUUUAGCGAUAAAUCCUAUACAAACUGUGGAACCCAACAAAUGGUCUUCCAGCAUCUGAGUACGAGCGAAUUUUGUUAUCACCAUCGCAAUUUCUUCUUCCUGGAUUCAUUGAUUGUCACAUACAUGCGCCCCAGGUUCCUAACAUUGGUCUCGGGUUAGAUAAGCCCUUGCUGGAGUGGUUGGAGUCGUACACCUUCCCGCUGGAGGCUAACUAUCGUGACGCAGAGUUUGCUUCACGAGUGUACAAGUAUGUGGUGAACACCACCAUCAAUCAUGGUACGACAACGGCAUGCUAUUUUGGUUCCAUUUUUACGGAAACCAACAAAAUUUUGGUUGACGAAAUGGUGCGUCAGGGACAGCGGGGCUUUGUUGGAAAAGUGUCUUCCAAUCGAAUGUGUCCGGAUUUCUACGUAGAGUGCAAUACGGAAACAUCUGUAAAGGACAACAUAGAUUUCAUACGGUAUGUAACGGGGCUGAAAAGUGCUUUGGUAAGUCCCAUUGUCUCGCCCCGGUUUGCCAUUACCUGUGACGAGGAGCUGUUGCGUGAGCUUGGAAAUCUAGCCAAACAGUACAAUCUCAACAUCCAAACGCAUGUGUCGGAAAAUUUGGGAGAAAUCGAAACGGUCAAGCAGCAGUUUCCUCGGGCGCCACACUAUUCCGGAGUGUACGAUGAAGUUGGACUGCUAACGGACCGAACCGUAUUGGCUCACGGCGUGCAUCUUGAAGAUGCAGAGUUAGAGGUACUUUCCGCACGUGGCACAUCCAUUGCACACUGUCCAAGCUCGAACACCAAUCUAGGGUCUGGGUUUUGCGAUGUACGCCGUUUGUUGAAUGCUCGCGUUAAAGUAGGUUUAGGCACGGAUAUAUCCGGUGGCAGUGAGAUAAGCAUACUGGCUGCGAUGCGUGCUGCACUUGGCGUUUCGCAGCAUUUAAUCUUCAUGAAAACGCAAGACGUGAAAGGAACGGGAAGGAUCGAACAGACUGCAGCUCAAGAUGGAGAGAAAUACAUUCCACUAACGUACAAACAGGCCCUCUUUUUGGCCACUCUAGGUGGUGCUCAAGCACUCGCACUGGACAAGCAGGUGGGCAACUUCACGAAAGGUAAACAGUUUGACGCUCUGCUGAUCGAUACGGAUCCGCAGCCCAUCGGAGGCUAUAAACUACCGCCGAGCUUAACGGAGGAAAAAACCAAAGUGCAAUUAUUGUUGGAGCUUGUUCAAAAGUUCGUGUACGUCGGUGAUGAUCGAAACAUAGUGAGUGUGUAUGUUGCUGGAAAGCAAAUUAAAGCAUAA